AUGGCAGUUAAAGGUAAUACAGCAGGUAAUAAAAAAGUAGUUGCACAAAAUCAAAAGAAACCAGUAGCAGCAGCUAAAAAUGUAACACAAUUAUCAAAGAAAUCAGUAGCACCAGUCGUUGAAAAGAAACAAACCAAUCAAAAACCAGCAGCACAACAACAACAACAAGCAAAGAAAUCAAAUAACAAAAAGAAAGAAUCUGAAGGAUUUGAUGAAAAUGCAUUAAAAAAACAACUCCAAGAAAUGAUUUCAAAUAGUGGUGAUUUUGAUGAUGAAGAUGAAGAUGAUUUCUCAUCUGAAGAUGAUAACCAACAAGUUAUGGAUUUCGAUGAUAGUGAAGAUGAUGGUGAAGAUGAUUUUGAAGGUGAUGAAGAAGAUGAUGAUGAUGUUUAUGGUGAUGAUUUAAAUGAACAAGAAGAUGAUGAAGAGGAGGAAGAAGAAGAUGAAGAUGGUGAAGAUGAAGAUGUUGAUGAAUUAUUUGAUGAAAUGAAUAGUGAAGAAGAAGAAGAAGAGGAAGAGGAAGAACAAGAAAUUGAAGCACCAAAAACAAAUAAAAAAUUAAGUAAAAAGAUUGAAAUGUCAGGUAAUGCUUUCCAAGGUUUUGCUUCAGUUUCUGAUAUUCUUAAAGAAGAAGCUAAAAAACCAAGAAAAGCACCAGAAAUUAUUAGAGAAAUCAAUUCUGAUGAAGAACUCAUUGAUGAAGAUGGUGAAUUACUUGAUUCAGAAAAUGAAAUGGAUAAAGAAGAAAAAAAACAAAGAUUAGAACAACAACAUUUAAAAUCAAAUCGUCAAAAAUAUGUUGUAAAUGAUAUUGAAGGUAUGAAAAGUAAAUUAAGAGAUUUUAAAUUAUCAAGUGGUAAAGUUCCAUGGGUUCAUACAUUAGCAGUUACAUCACAAACACCAUUAGACAUUGAAGAUAUUCAUGAUGAUUUUCAUAGAGAAAUCGCUUUUUAUAAACAAACAUUACAAUCAGUUACAGAAUGUGAAAAAUUAUGUGCUCAAAAUGGUUUAACAGUUAGAAGAAAACCAGAUUUCUUUGCAGAGAUGAUUAAAUCUGAUCAACAAAUGCACAAAAUUAAAACAAAUAUUCAAUCAGAGAAGAAGAGAGUUGAAACUUCAGAGAUGAUUAGAAAGAAGAGAGAAAUCAAAAAGUUUGGCAAACAAGUUCAAACUCAAAAAUUACAAGAAAGACAAAAACAAAAAUCAGAUGCCAUUGAAUCUGUUAAAAAAUGGAGAAAGAAUCGUGAAAAAGGUAAUGUUUCAGAUGAAUUUAAUAUUGAUUUAAUUGAUGAUAUAGCUGCUAAAAAAGAUAGAAAGAAAGUUGAAAAAUCAAAAUUACCAGUUAAAGGUGAUAAGAGAAAGAAGAAAGAUGCUAAAUAUGGAUUUGGUGGUAAAAAGAGAUAUGCAAAGACAAACGAUAAAGGCUCUGUUAAUGAUAUGAGUGGCUUUAGUGUAAAGAAAAAUAAUGAAGAUAGAGAUUACUCAAGAGGUAAAGGUGGUAAAAUGAACAAAGGUGGUAAAGGAGGUGCUGGUAAAGGUGGUGCUAGUAGAGGUGGUAGUGGUGGUGCUGGUAAAGGUGGUUCACGUGCUGCUAAACAAUCAAGACCAGGUAAAAGCAAGAGAGCUGGUGGUAGAAAAUAA